AUGCCGUGUGUGUGUGUGUGGGCUGGCGAGCUGUUGCCGCUCGGUCUUGCGGCAGGGGUCGAGCCGGGGGCGGCCGACUGGGUCAAUAAUGUUGGGGCUGGAGCGGCGGCGUGUGCUGCAGUAGCGACUGGAACGGAACUGCUGGUGGUGGCCGAGGGCCCCGAGUUGCGGGCCUGCGACCCGCGUAAACCGGCAGCGGCCGCGACGCUGUGGAGCCAGCGCGUGUCCGAGGAUGUCGAUUGCGACACCAACGAGCUCGCCGUCCUCGAUUCGUUUGUUGUUGCAGUGACGGACGAUGGCCUUCUUCUUGUUCUUGAUCAGACCACGGGUCGCGUUCUCACGCGCACAGCCGCCCACGACAACAUUGCGGCGUGCCUGACCACGACCGCUGCCUCACGCGGUGUCCUGACCGGCGGUUUGGACGGGCAUGUCAAGUUGUGGGCCCUCACACCCGAUGGUCGUCCCGUGUUACGGGACGAGACAAACAUGACAAGCUGGCUCCCAUCGGCGUGCUGGAGGAGGCCCAUGCCAGCGCUGUGUCGCAGGCCCGAUGGCUGCGCCCGGGCCAGCUCGUGA